CCCGUCCUGGUCCCGUGCUGUUACAGUAAUUGACAGGGUACGAAACUCGUGACCCCAUAUACGAAUAAAGUUUGCGUGUCUCAUUACCGACCGCAGUGAAUAUGGGCGAUUCAAAACUGUCGAAUAUUUACGUGAUUCAUCUUGAAUUUGGAUGUAACCGCCUCAAGAUUUACGAAAGGUAGAACCAGUCGUAAUCUGCUUAAGCAAGCGUCGCUUUACUAUACGAAGCUUUAGGACUUUUGAACCUCAAUGCAAGGAAUAUCUCUUUCAAAGUGCAACUCCAGCAUGGUUGGACGCAAUGAACAGGAGCACACAAAUUUAUCUCCUUUCUUUCAGGCGCAGUCUCUACCCCGCGUCAUAGCAAUCAAUGUUGGUGGAUACUAUUUUGAGACUAAGUUGUCUACAUUGACCAAGGAUAAAGACUCUAUGUUAGCCGCCAUGUUCAGCGGCCGGCAUGAACUGGACACGGACAGUGAAGGGAGAUAUUUUAUCGACCGGGAUGGAACGUACUUCAAAGAAAUCCUGAAUUAUCUUCGAGACAGUACGCAGCUGCCAAACGCUGACAGAGCUCUCGAGGUUUACAAAGAAGCGCAAUUCUACCAAAUACAAGGCCUGAUCGACACUCUAGAUCGUUUCUCAAACGUCUUUGCACAUAAACUAGAAGAGGCAAAGAAAUCUAAGCUGGGAAGCGAUUUUGAAAAGUGGCAACAACAGAUCAUCACUUGCGCACAAAACAAGAGUCUUCAAAACUUGACGUCAACAAGCAAAGUGAGCCUGCUGUCGCAAGAGGAUCAUAAAAAGGUUAUGGAAUGCGGAGACUGCAUUGGUCCGCAUGCGCACAAUCUGGUAGUAUCCAAACCUGCUACACAAGGAGUCGUUCAUCACCAGGAGACAUUCGAUUACGUACAGCGACGGUUCAGGGAAACUGACCUUGUUGUUUGUAUUCUAUCGAACGCAGAUAUGAAAAUGUUCAUAAGCAUCACCGAGGCCGACUUGAAAAAUAAUGGCUACUGCGUUAGCUUUCGUGAGGAAAAAAUCCGCUGCAAGAAUGUCAAGCUGCAUUAUGGGAUAGGGAAAGAGGAGUGUCGAUUCAACGUCACGGAACAUGUGGUCGAGUUUGAAUGGUAAAUAGGCUACCUUGACUAGCGUUCACGAGCCCCGUGGGGGUGGGGGUGGGGGUGGGGGAUGUUCCCCAUUUUAUGUUCUUCCCCCUCCUCCAUAUCAAGAAGUUCCUACCCCCGUACGCAUUCCCAGGCUCCUCCUAUCCUUUAUUGUUUUGAGCUCCUACUCUCCAGUCCCCCUCCACUUAGGAGUAGUCUAUAGAAAAGGCGUCGUUUGUGCGUGUUUUAGACA